AUGAUGCAAGAUCCCUUGAUAACGGCAGCCGGCCUUGCAUUUGCUUCUCGCAUACAAGACAAACGACAGAGCCGGAAAGUGGUCGGAUAUUACUGGAAGGCUCUUGUCCUCCUUCGAAACAGACUUGAAUCCGACAUUCCCAAUUCGACCGACGCUAUACUGCUUAGUCUUAUUUAUUUGAUGGCUGUUGAGGCACUCUCGGAAGACUUAGGGUCGCCUCUUCAGCAUCUAGGUGUGAUGCAUCGUAUGAUACAAAUGCGAGGCGAGCUCAGAUCUACCGGCUUACAGGGCUACAUCAAGGCCCACAUCAGAUCCUGGGAAACAUUCCUGGGAGGGGUGUAUGCUGAGCCUGACCGAGAUCAGGUGCCAAAGUUUCCUUACGGCCUGCUUGAAUAUCCUACACAUCCUUUCCACCCGGAAUUUAGCCUUACGUUGAGUCGCCUGCCUCUAGGCUUUGUUGAAUUAGCCAUGUCUUGCAGACUGAGUAUUCAAGUGGUUCAAGUUGUGCAGACAAGUGCGCAACUAAUGUCUGAUCUAAUGCACCAGACGCAAGAUCUCAAGCAAGAUGACAAACUCGCACUUUCGCCAUCAACAUAUCCAGUGUCGCCUCCUCAAGUCAUGUUCCUGGCUAUUGUAAUCCUGCAAAACCAGCACCGGAACAUGGUGGAAGAGUUGUUGGCCAUUUCAUUGCUGGCCGUCACUAUCUCAACCGAGACUUUAGGGGAACAUAUAACGAAUGGCUAUGGAUUUAUUCAAACCUUUUGCAUGCUGAACUGGGACGUCGAUUAUGAGAGAGAAUGUCGCAGUACAGGCGCCCUGGGACUCGAAGACUUUCUUCUCUGGGCGAAAAUGUUACUGUUGGCGACAUUCGACCAUGACACACAAACCUGGAAGACUGCCAACAAACUACGUCGGGACGUCCCAUUUCCAGAGUUCAAUCACCUACAUUUUGAGGUCUGUAGGCAAUUCUUCUGGACUGAGUUGCUGACUCUUUCGCUGGAGCGGAAGAUGGCGCAGGACAAAGCACUAUCUAGACCACGCAGCGACGACGAUCCAGGCAGCUAG